CUUUCCAUGGACGACACUGACACUACUGAUUGCUAUCACAGUGACGCCUCUAUGAUGGCUGAACUUGCUAAGGUUCGAGCCGAACUAACACUGUUGGAAGGGCAAGAACGACAACUCCUCAAACGCCUUUGCAGUGUCCGCUCCGCUGCCCGGGCGCAGGGAAACAGGAUCGACGAACUCCUCAAGCACACCAUAAACCCCCCUAUUAGCCGUCUUCCUAACACAGCUCUUUAUCAGCUAAUCUCUUUGACAGUCAUCGGCUGUGGUCCUUUUGCUAAGAGGAAGUUGGCUAGUGUGUCAGGUCGUUGGAGAGAUGUGGUUUUGGCUUCCCCAGGUCUCUGGACUACUAUUGGGAUACGCCCCGGGUGGCCUGCCUUUCUGGUAAUAACACACUUGAAGAGAAGUCGUGAAUGUCCACUCGACAUUCAAAUAUACGGCUGGUGUUCCAAGGACGAAGUUCCAAAGGUUUCUGAACUUCUUGGUCUUGUUAUCUCUUAUGGGUAUCGCUGGCGUAGCCUCAUUGUUCGGCGUAACAGCAAGCACUUAGAGCAUGUCAUCUUGAAAAGCAUUUGGAACAUGAUGCUUCCCCCUUUGAAACACGUUUCCAUCUACGGGACAGAAAUGUCUGACUAUCCACGAUUUCUUGAUUCUCAGCAUGCCCCUACGCUCGAACAUUUGCAUCUUAGGGAAACCGUCGGACUUCAUAACUUUUCGGCCGCCGCUAGCCUCAAAUCCCUUAGCCUGCGAUGUUCUCCAUCAGGGGCACUGUUGCCAUCGAUAAUGUCACUCCGAAUGCUGACAAUGUCUGGUUCAAGUUGUGGAGCUCUACUUCCCAACACUAUUCACAUGCCACUUCUCGAGUCUCUUACGGUCAUGCUCGAUGAUCCCCAGUCACUUUUGGCCGCCAUCUCUCAAAUGUUCGCGGAUCUUGAAAACAAAUUCCUAAACGUACCGAGGACGCUGUUGCUUGCAGCGUUUCCCGGUGCACGUCAUAUAGAAAUGAAUGUGUUUGAUUUCGUUGUUUUUUGCUUCCCGAAAGAGGAAGAUAGUCCAUUGUGCCCCACGGACCGCUGGUCCCACCUCGAACAUUUGUCGCUCGAACAGGUUUACUACAACAUUCCUAAUGUUUUCGUGAAAUGGCUUCGCGCCCGAAAACUCGAGGGGCGACCUGCGUUGCAAGCGACACUGUCCAAGUUCGAUAAUGAAGGUGUGCUGGACGGCCCGGAGUUGAUCUCGUUAUAUAAAUCGCUCCAUGAAUAUUGUGUAUUGGAAUUGGAGGACGUGCUGCUGACGAUCAAUCUGACUUUGUGCCCAUCUGAUUCGGAUGUCUAUGGAAAUUCUCCUAUUAUGGAUAUGGUUGAACGGGAAAUAUUAAUAGGCACUGCACUCGCGUGUACGAGGACCGGCACAGACACAGAUUAGUGAGGGGGAACUCGUCGGCCCUAUCACUGCCACUUCCGACGCAUAUCUUUAGCUUAAGCCUGGCCAUAUUUUUGACAGAUAUUGAUGCAU